AUGGAGCAGUUCAUCGACAUCGUUUCCCAGUACUUCCCAAUGCUUGAUGUCCUUCGCAAUAUGGAAAGGCCCCGAAGACUUGCUACCAACGGCGAUAUGUCGCCUCCAAGAUUGUCACCUGUCGAACAUCUUCUUCGCAACAACCCCGAACUAUACAGAGGGUUAGAAAAGGCUGCGCUGGCAACGGGUCACGUAGAAGAGGGCAUUCGGCGUCAACUAUACCACGCGCAGCAGUCUAAGGAGUCGAUGAGAUCAGAGCUGGCUAAAAAGAAAUCGGACAUCCGAUCACUCACUCAGCAGAUACAAGCUCUAAAUUUUCAGCCAAACAUUCUCUCUGACGACGAUAUCGCACAAAAUAUGAGACGGCUCCUACAGCGACUUAGAAACUGGUCCAAUACCUACUUUCGCGACUUGGAUCAGCUGAACAAACUCAGGCAGAAUCUCGAGCGCAAUGGAGCAAUGUUUGUACCUCGAGGCCCACAUGAGAUUCCAGCGUUUAUCGCCUCUGUCGUCAGCCAAAUUCUGUUUCAGCGCAUAUUCAGUUCAUACCUACUAGGAAUACCCAAUGAAGAAUCGGCAAGGUUCGUGUCUAUUGCAGAGACACUACGGCAGAAUUGCCCCGGAAAUGUUGAGCAUCACUGGCGCACGGCCACAAGCAUGGCCGUAGAGAAGCUUGGAGAUGAGCAAAGCGACAUAAACAUGGUGGUAUCUCAAGUGGAGAUAAUGCUCUCGCAGUACUAUUCCGUUGAAGGGCCCACUGUGGCCAUGCGAUUGCGUGCCCUUGUGCGGGAGUGUAUGCAGUUCAAGCGCGAUCUAGAUCGUCAACUGAGCCGCUAUCAUUUCUUUCGCAGUGCGUUGGGAGAUAAAUUUACCCCGGAUUAUAUGCAGCAGGCUAUGCCUUUCCAGGAGGUUGCAAGUCGUGUUCAAUGCACGCUGUGGCCGGGCUUGUACAAAGAGUCAACGAGCAGGGCUCUCGUUGUAGUACCAGAGACGGUCCUGGCUACGAAAGAUGCAGAAGAUCAGAGCCCAGCCUAUACAGAGGUGUCAAAAACCCUUGUUCUAGGUUUGCAGGACGUGUCGGACCACCUAUCGGACAGUGGGCAGAGCGUCGAUAAUGAAGGUGUUUCCUGCAGGGAUAUGGCCUUUGGCAUUGAACUCGGAGGAGAUACUGUGUGA